AUUGGACGAUGUAGAGUGACGUCAGUGAACGCGGAAGUGAACUCUCGGUGCUAACAAAUGUAAACAUUUUGUUAAACCGACUGCUUUUUGAAGAUAGCGGUUAUUGUAUUAAAUGUAUUGAAGUACAUUUGAUUUUAUUUAGUCCCUGGACACUGUAGGCUUCUAACAUUGCGGCUGUUAUAAGUAGUUUAUUGUUAUUUUGUGUGUAAAACCUCCAGCAUUACAAAUAUAGACCUCGUUUCCUGAGAACAAUGUCUUCUGUCGAUAUCCAUUCCCAGUUAGCGUCCAUAAUAGAAAGAUUUGCCAAGGGGGCACUUGUAGAGAUGACUAAGGUUAUAGAUAAGGAUUCGGCACUUUUGCGAGCAGAAAUUGCGAGGAGACAAAUGGAGGUCGAGGCGCUAUUGUGUAAACUACAAUACGCAGAAAAUGAGCUUAGAUCAGCGAGACAGGCUGCAGCUACACGCCAGUCAGCUGCUAACCGCCGGUCUGUAGCUGUACAAGUGACCAUCACAGCUGCACUGCAAGAACCUAAUGACACUCACACAGACACGCGUAUGGAUGCUUCUUCUAAUGCAAAGGAGAACAGCGCAGAAGCGUUUCAGGUUAAAGAGGAGAGAACCGAGCUGAAGCCAUGGGACAGUGCAGACGAAAUUGAGGAGACUCGUGUGUGCUGGGAGGAGGAGCGUCAUGCAUCCAACACAUCAGAAGAAGGUCUUCAUGAUGCCAAACCCAGUGUUAUUUGGGACUCACCUGAAUUAGAGGACUUCAACAUGAGAACUGAGACAUCACAAGACACUACUAAUGCAGAUCAUGCACAUCACAGCACAAAUGCAUCCCCAAACCCAAGAGAAGAAAACACUGUUCACUAUCAAUAUCAGCAAACCACAGACAGUGAUGCCGGUCAACACAGACUCAGUCGCUUAACUAACAUUAACGCUAAUGCUGCAGCACAUAAUCUAGCCAGCGAGCACAGAGGUGACGGUGUGGGGACGGGGGAGAAGAGUUCACGCUGCGCUCAGUGCGGUAAAACCUUCACCACACGCUUCUACUUAAAGAUUCAUCAACGCAUCCACACAGGAGAAAGGCCCUACACGUGCCUACAGUGUGGCAAGCGCUUUUACUGCAAUUCCCACCUCAUUUCACAUCAGCGCUGCCACACGGGAGAGAAGCCCUACAGCUGCGAGGAGUGUGGCAAGUCGUACUCCCAUUUAAACUCGCUGAAACUGCAUCAGCGCAGCCACACCGAGGAAGAGGUCUGCAACUUCUGGUGACACAGAUAUACAAAUCAGGCCUUCCUUUUUUGUUUCACACACACACAAACACGGGUGUAGCAUUAACUGAAUUUACAAUAUAGCACAAAAUGUAAAAUGCACAAUAUUGCUAUUAUGUCUCAUCUUCACUUCUGACUUUUAUCUGAAGCGAAUGGCCAAUUUUUUAUGGAGUGAGAAAUUUCUACCUACUACAAACAAGAUAUAAGCCCUUCUAAAAGUUUAAACAAUAAUCUAAUUCAGUUUUGUCACAAAGCUUUGUCUUUAUUCUUCAAUUUUGUAAUAAUUAUAAUUAUUUGGUUAACCAAGGCUUGUUCGGUGUCUAAAGAUUGCCUCUUUGUUUCAUUUUUUAGUCAUUUUUCUUUUAAUAUAGAUUACAAGUACAAGUUUCUGUUCAACAGUUUAGCAUUGUGACAUCAUCACACAUACCUCAAAACUUCACUUUUUUUAUCUGAAACAUUGAAGGUAGUGUUUUUUUUAUAUAAUGGACCAUAUUUUAAUAAAUCAUAUCUAAAAGCUACACUAUACCAAAAGAUAUAUAUCAAAUGUUCCACCCCAGUAACAAGCAAAUGUACAAAUGACUGAGUAAGGAAGUGAUUCAGCUUCGAGAUGGCCGCUACUAUUGUCUCUUGCAUUUCAACAUCCGCGUGACUGUUUUUAUAGAUUACAGCACCAGAAACCACAUAAAGAUGCAUCACUUUUUGAUCAACAGGUAACAGACUGUAAUAUAUGUGUGAUGAUACAUGCAAGCAGUUUAAACUGUGCUAAACUGGUAGCUACAAGCUGUUAUGUUUACAGGUUAGUUACAUUAGUCUCAUAGCUCCAGUCACUAAACGUGUCUUCUACAUUUUAUUUUGAUUGGAUUGUUGAAGUAGUUGUUACUUUAUGAAUAUUUACUACUGUCAAAAUAUUUCAAUACAUGAUACAUGCAAAAGUUUGUAUAUAUACAUUUUCUUUUUUUAAAUUAAAUGGAAAGCUUUUUUCUAUGUAGCAUAUAAUUAUUUAUUUUUCAUG